CUGCUACUGUCAUUUCAUUGUUGGUGAAAAAACCCGAGUCCUACGUUGUUGUGGACUAGGUUUGUAAACCCGACUGAAGCAGUUUGUCUCGUUCGUGAAAUUCGCCUUCAAUUAGCCUAAAAGUCUAAGUCAACUUCACGAAGAAGCUAGUAACGUGACUGCCAAAUCGCCAAACCGUCUUGCCUGUCCCAAUAACACGGAUUUCACCUAACGCUAUGCCCAUUGUAGGUGGUGGGGUAUUAGAUUGCUUAUGUCCCAUUCAUUUCGACUAACAGCCAGUGAGGUUGACUCACAUCAAAUCCCUAUGAUGGAGCGAGCACCUUUUAAGACACCUGCUGCCACAUUUGGAUCAUUUCCCGCUGCACCAGGCUAUCAAUCGGUCAUUGAAAAGGAAAACCGGGAAGGCGGGCAGCGGGUGGCCAGUAUUAGCUCUUCUUAUCCCGGACCAUCACAUUCUGUCGCCAUGAUGACAUCGUCUAUAAGUUCAGAUGAAGACAUGCUAGACAUCACAACAACUGGAACAACCCAGGAACAAACCUCCUUUGAUAACGAAUCUCGCAGCAUCGCCUCACCUGCUGGGCUAGGAGAGAUAACAGCCGAAGAUAUUCCAGGGAUCGGGCAGUACGAUGAUUUUCAGACUAUUGAUUGGCAACGUGAUCUAGCCCGUGAUCGGAUGCACCAUCGCUACAUCACGAAACAUAAAGAAGAAUCGAUUUUGUCUGCUGUUAAAGCUGCUCACGAUGCUUGGUCCGGUUGGGUUUGCGUUUUGUCGGUCGGUGUAGCCGUCGGUGCCGUGGCAUCGUUUAUUGACAUCGGAACUACCUGGAUGACGGAUCUGAAGUAUGGAAUAUGUCCUGAUGCAUUUUGGUUUGACAGAGAGCAAUGUUGCUGGUCGUCAAACCAAACAUCGUUCAGUGAUAAUUGUUCUCAGUGGCUAACUUGGCCACAGUUGUUUGGCGCAUCUGACGAUUCAGCCGGUGGAUAUAUUCUAGCCUAUCUGUUUUACGUUCUGUGGGCCGUUUCGUUUGGUGCUCUUGCCGCCAUUCUUGUGAGAAUGUUUGCACCUUACGCUUCCGGUGGAGGUAUUCCAGAGAUCAAGACUAUUUUAAGUGGUUUUAUUAUUCGUGGCUUCCUCGGCAAGUGGACACUUUUAAUAAAAUCCAUAGGCAUAAUGCUAGCCGUCGCUGCCGGUUUAAGUUUGGGAAAAGAGGGUCCCAUGGUUCACAUUGCCAUCUGUCUUGGCAACAUAUUUUCUUAUCUAUUUCCUAAAUAUGGUCGGAAUGAGGCCAAGAAACGUGAGAUUUUAUCAGCCGCAGCAGCUGCCGGUGUAUCUGUGGCAUUCGGUGCACCCAUCGGAGGUGUCCUCUUCAGUUUGGAAGAAGUCAGCUAUUAUUUCCCGAUGAAAACUCUAUGGCGUUCGUUUUUCUGCGCCUUGAUUGCCGCAUUCAUCGUUCGCACUAUCAAUCCAUACGGCAAUGAGCAUUCGGUUCUCUUUUAUGUGGAAUACAACAAACCCUGGAUCUUCUACGAGCUGAUACCCUUCACGGCUCUCGGAAUCUUAGGGGGACUGAUUGGUACCUUGUUCAUUCGAGCGAAUGUGUGGUGGUCGCGUUAUCGCAAAGGUUCUCGUCUCGGUCAAUAUCCAGUGCUGGAAGUGCUGGGCAUUACUCUCAUCAACGGAAUCUUGGCGUACCCCAAUCCUUACACUCGAAUGAGCUCGACGCGUUUGAUAUAUUUGCUGUUUAGUCAAUGUGGCGUGGCCAACACCGACGACCUAUGUGAUUACAACCGAAACAUCACGGAUGUUAGCUCAGCUGUGGAGUUUUCGGAAACCGGCCCUGGCGUCUACCGGGCACUAUGGAUGUUGGCCUUGGCCCUCAUCUUCAAGUGUGUGAUCACCGUUUUCACGAUUGGCAUCAAAGUACCAGCUGGCUUGUAUAUCCCAUCGCUUUGUAUGGGCGCCAUUAUGGGACGCAUCGUUGGCAUCGGAAUGGAACAAUUGGCAUAUCAUAAUCCCCAUAGUUGGAUAUUUCACGGCGAAUGCUCCGCUGGAGGCGAAGAUUGCAUUACACCCGGUCUCUAUGCCAUGGUAGGAGCGGCAGCUGUCCUUGGGGGUAUCACGCGGAUGACAGUUGCGUUGGUGGUUAUCAUGUUCGAGCUUACGGGUGGUGUACGGUACAUUGUGCCGCUCAUGGCCGCCGUAAUGGCAAGCAAAUGGGUAGGAGAUGCUUUUGGCAAAGACGGCAUUUAUGACGCUCACAUUGUACUUAAUGGGUAUCCCUUUUUGGACAACAAGGAAGAAUUCGGUCACACUACGUUAGCCGCGGAUGUCAUGCAGCCAAAAGCAAACAAGCCACUGACAGUCCUUACUCAAGACACGACAAGUUUGGAGGCAGUCGAAACGUUGCUCAAAGAAACGGACCACAACGGCUUUCCUGUCGUUGUGUCGAGGGAGUCGCAAUUCCUUGUCGGAUUUGUCCUGCGCCGCGAUCUUUCCCUCGCCGUCGCAAAUGCCAAACGAACGUUGGAAGGGCUGAGGGACGAUUCUCUAGUCUUAUUCACCCCUAACAUACCAUCACCUUGGCACGGGUCACCGCCGUUAAAGUUGCGACGCAUCUUAGAUCUUGCACCAAUUACUGUGACGGAUCACACUCCCAUGGAAACUGUCAUUGACAUGUUCCGAAAACUCGGUUUACGACAAGUCCUCGUUACCCAUAACGGGCGAUUGCUCGGCAUCAUAACGAAAAAGGACGUUUUACGGCACAUGAAGCAAAUGGACAGCGAAGACCCAGAUGCAGCGAACACAAACUAACGAAAAACAAAAAGAGCCAAAAAACCGAUAGGGAAAAAUAUUCAUCCCGGGGUGAUCGUCUUUCUCUGUUUAGUAAAAUUAUUCUUUGUUUUAACGUAGUCACAGCGCGGCUAGAAUCAAAUCUUUCCGACUGUUUGAAAUUUGAAACGUUUUUGAAAAAGAGUGUAAGUUGUUGUAGUAGUGCACAUUUGCACUCUCCCCUUUAACAUCGCGUGACUGUUGAAUAAUUUCCGACACGAAUUUUAGACAUUUAAAAAAUUGUACCACCUUUGAUCUUUUCUCUGACGUAUUCCUUUCAUUCUACUUUCAAGUGGAAAAACGGGGUUUUAAUCUUUUAUCGACUAGUUGUUCUGCCGUUUCAUCGACCGCUUAAAAAACAACAAAACUACUACUCUUCAUUGUUUUCCUUGACUGUUUUUCGAUCUGAACCAACCGAGAGAAAUGAUUUAAACGCUGUUCCGUUUACUAUGGGCGAUGUGUACGAGAUGUACAGUAACUAUGAUGCCUCUGUUCCGCUCUUGUAUGUAUUGAUCGUCCUUUUCUUUCUUUGUCCAUGGUCCCCAUUGGCCCGUCAGUUCUCCUUUAUAUAAUCAAUAUCGUGAUCGUCUCCUGUUUCCUCAAUCCAAAAGGCUCGACGUCCUCUUCUCAUAUAUCUAUUUUGACUGAACGAAAAGAAGAGAAAAAGAAAAAAAAAGAUACAUUCCCUCUUGUUUGCUCUUGCUUCAAAUCCCAAAACGAACGAACUAACGUGUGUGUAUUGGUUGCCAAAAAAAUCUUGUUGCAAAAGAGAAAAAGAAAGAGAAUGAAUACGAGAGAAAACAUUCA